AAGAACAUGUCACCGUCGAAGUGCAAGAAUGGGUUCUGUUGCAAAGGGGUUGAUUUGAAUCGCAACUUUGACUUCCACUUUGGAGGACUUGGGGGAAGCAGCGAUCCGUGUGAAGAAAUAUUUCAAGGCGACUAUCCGUUCAGUGAACCAGAGUCACAGGCAGUGAAGAAAUUUUUGCUGGAUCACUUUAAUAUAGAAGCAUUUAUUAAUUUGCAUACGUAUUCCCAACUUUGGAUACAUCCUUAUGGUCAUACAAAGCAUGCAUACCCUGCUGACGUAAAAGACCUGGUGAGGACGGCUACUAAAGCAGCGGAAGAGUUGUCCCGAAUGUACGGCACGAAGUACCGAGUAGGAAGUGGCGCUGAUACUCUCUAUCCUGCUAGCGGUGGUAUGGCCGAUUGGGUGAAGAAAAAUCUACCCGCAAAGUACGUGUACUUGAUCGAACUACGGCCUAGUGAAGAAGUAGCUGACGGCUUUAUUUUGAAACCGUCCCAAAUUCUUCCUACAGCGGUCGAAACGUGGCAAGGCAUCAAAACCGUUGCCAUGGCUGUGCUAAAAAAGAACAGACUUGCCUGA